UGCUAAUCACAUGGACCAUCACUCCUGAUGACACAUUUGUUGCCUUUCUUGACAAACAACAAAAAUCAGUUCCGCACGACAUGGUCUCCUCUGCGUCCACUCUUGCGUUGUCGGCACCGCUUCCCUUUGUGACGCUCUCGGACGAUGGCAGCUUUGAGAUCGCACCCGAGGCAGUCACCUACCUACAGCAGAUCCGAGGCGAUAUCGCCGUGGUGGCUAUCGCUGGUCUCUACCGCACGGGCAAGUCGUACCUGCUAAACUUGCUGCUCGGAAGGGACCAGGAGAGCGAAAUGUUCGACGUCGGAGCCACCGUGAACGCCUGUACCAAAGGAAUCUGGAUCUGGGGCCAACCAGCAGGCAGCCAGACCCGUCAUCCGGCAUUUAAACACCUCAGUAAAGACACCACUAUCGUCUUCAUGGACACGGAAGGUCUGGGCUCCACCCAACGCUCACAAACUCAGGACACGAGAAUCUUCGCUUUGGCUCUGCUACUCUCCUCCACGUUCAUCUAUAACAGCCGAGGAGUCAUCGAUGCUAGUGCCAUUGAGGACUUAUCACUCGUGGUUAACUUAACUAAGUACAUUCAAGCAAAGGCUCACAAGACGGAGACAGAGAACGGCAGUGAGCUGUCUGUGUUUUUUCCAGACUUUCUGUGGGUUGUGAGGGAUUUCACGCUUCAAUUGCAAGAGGACGGGAAGAAAGUGACGUCCAAAGAUUAUUUUGAAAGUGCAUUAAAGCAACAGCCACCACUGACAGAGGAAGUGGUGCAGAAGAACAGAAUUCGAUCGCUCUUGUCGACGUUCUUCCCGUCCAGAGAUUGUGUCACAAUGGUGCGGCCGUUAAGUGACGAAGCGCUACUGAGAGACUUGAUCCGACAGCCUUAUGACUCGUUGAGACCAGAAUUUCGGGAGCAGAUGGAAGUGCUGAGAAAUAAGUUAUCGACUUUACUAAAGCCGAAGACGAUGAUGUCUAAAGUGCUGAAUGGAGCGAUGCUGCUGUCGCUGACCGAGAAUUACGUUGCAGCUUUCAACAGCGGGUCUAGUCCAGUGAUAACUUCGGUAUGGGAUCGGGUCUUGGAGUCUCAAUGUGAUCAGGCGUUGGAGUCGGCCAAACAGGUUUUCCAAGCCGCGAUGGAUGCUGCUAUCACGGAAAAGACGACUCCAGUGAUGGUGAACCAAGUGAUGCGUGCACGUCCACUUGAAGACGCUGAGUUGGCAAUGAUAUACGAAACAGCUCGCGAGGCAGCAGAAAACGAAUUGUUGCGCGAAGAUAUCACGUCGUACUCGUCUAUUGAAGCGUACAUGCUUCAACUCUCGGAGUAUACUCUCGAUAUUUUGCAGAGCAAGUACACAGACAACGAUGGAGCGUCGACUGCUUACAACAAAGACUUACUCCAGGAACUAUACGUCUCCAAGAAGAAAUCCAUUGACGACUCAGCGUCGAUCGCUGGAGACGGCACUCAGUAUUUGCAAGACCAGUUGACAUCCUCCCGAGAUUUGUUGGAAGACAUCGUGACUCAAUACAAUUCUCGAGCAUUAGGACCCUGCAAGAGCUCGAUCCUGAACAACUUUCUCGUCGAGAAGAUGGUUGAGAGUAUAUUCGAGUGGGGCACUCAAGUGAAAACGGUGUUUCGCUCCAACGAGGCAAAACUCGUGAGUGACAUCGCAUCCACUCAGCAGAAUUUGCGCUCGAUUGAGGCGAAAGUUCGUGUAGCACAGGAGAUGCUGAGUCAACAGAAAGAAUCUUACGAAAAAGCUCUGCACUCGAUCACCGAGCGCAUAACAAGUGAACGAUGCACUCUCCGCGAUGAAAUUGAGAGUAAGCUAGCGGAAAUUGAGCGAACUCGUCUGCAAAUCGAGCGAUUGGGAGCACUUCAUCAAGAGGCUUUGGAUCGCUUAGACAAGCAGAUUGAAGAAGCCAAGGAGGAGCGAAAGCGGCUCGAGACUAGUGUUCGUGAUGCUGAAGCUCGUCGAGAAAGUGAACGCCAAGAAGCGCAGCGACAAAUGCUAGAGAACGAACGCAGCUUUCACAACGAAGAGAAAAAUUUACUGCAAGGUCAGCAGCAGUUUCUACAUAAAGUCCUCGAGCUGGAACGACAACUCGGUGAACAAGAUACCGACCACAUUGCAGAGCUGUAUCGUAUUGAGAAGGAAAAUCAGGAUGAAAUUUCAAAGUUGUCUCUCCAGCACCAAGACGAGCAGGAAGAGCUGAAGGAAAACGUAAUUCGGGUAAGUACCCGCUAUCAGGGAGCUACGUACUGGUACUAACUUGUUUUGGUUUGAUUCAGGACAUUCGAACUUUGAAAAACGAACAAGAAGAGGAGAUUAGUGCACUUCAAAGUAAACUAGACGAGAAGAAGGCUCAUGUUGCUUCGCUUCGUGAACAACUUGAACACAAGGAAACAGAGGCAGCUAGGAAAAAAGCAAAAGCCAGCCAACUUUUUGGUGGAGAGGAAUGCAUCGUCCAGUGAGAAAAAUAAAAGCAAAAAUCUGAUGCAUUUUUGAUCUUAUCC